AUGUCAGACAAAUCAUUUAAUGAGUCCUUGAAGAAUGUAUCACAAGUGUUCUCUGGUCUGGAUUUGCUCUUUGAUUUAAAGCCCCUCUUCGUUCCUCUAUAUGCCAUACUCGUAACCGUGGCUUGCUUAGGCAACAGCGUUUUAAUCCUUCUUAUUGCUUUCACUGAAAAGCUUCACAACACCACAAAUUUUCUCAUUGGAAACCUGGCAGCAGCAGACCUGGUCAUGUGUAUUUUCUGUGUCCCACUGACUGCCUCCUAUGCAUUUGAACUCCAUGGAUGGUUGUUUGGGGAAUUCAUGUGCCACUUUGUCACAUUAAUGCAAGCUGCAACUGUAUUUGUGUCUGUGUUAUCUCUGACCGCCAUUGCAGUAGAUCGCUAUGUUGUAGUUGUCUACCCUAUUCGAAGAAGAAUAGGAUGUAAAUCAUGUGCUUAUAUUGUCACUGCACUCUGGAUGAUCUCUAUUGGAAUUUCCUUACCAACAUCUAUGCAUACUCAUUAUCUUGACCUAAAAGAUGUUGGCCAUGACAUGAUCAUUUGUGAGGAAAUCUGGAAACACCAAGAAAAACAGAGGCUCCUUUAUUCAUGUACAAUGCUGCUGCUGACAUAUAUGCUUCCACUAUCUGCUGUCACUGUCUCUUACUGCGCUAUUGCCUAUCAUCUCAGGAGGAGGAAUGUUCCAGGGGCUGCAAGCCACAACCAAGAUAAAUGGACUAAAAAAAAACAGAAGACCUUCCGAAUGCUCAUCAUUUCAGUCAUGGCUUUUGCCAUAUGCUGGCUGCCUCUACAGGUAGUCAACCUCAUCCGGGAUGUUGAUGAAGAGUUUACCAUCCUAGAUAAAGUCUACAUCAAUGUCAUACAGGUGACCUGCCAUCUUAUUGCCAUGAGUUCUGCAUGCUACAACCCCUUCAUCUAUGCCUCACUGCAUGACAAAUUCCGUUUUCACAUUAGAAAUUACUUUAACCAUCAUAAGAAGAGAGCUAGCACCAUGUCAAGCAAGAACUCUAGGCUCAAUACCUGUUCUACACUGGCUGAUGUUCCCAUUGUCCUAUCAGAGAAAAUUACAUUUCAGCGAAGAUUCUCUUUUAACUAG